AGUGGGGGAAGGGGUCGAUGAAGUUGACGGAACCGCCAUCUUGAAAAGUGCCCUCCGAAGAUCUACAUUUUCGCGCCUGUUAGAAACAGUUUUAAAGGCUUUAUUUUCCUUACCAAAAUUUAAUCUUAGCUCUGUCUUAGUAUCGCUAAGGUCCGACGCUAAUGUUAAGAUAAGCUACAUGCUGGAGAGUUGGUGUUUACCCUUGUCUAUUGGUGUGUUCGUCUUGAACUGCUGUAUGUGCGCUUUUUUUGAGUGUGUCCGUUACCACUAUCUGCCUGCUUGCCCAUCCGUCUGGUCAGCCUGGAAUGGGCCACAACUCCCAAAGACUAGAACAAACCUCUUUUUAACCUGAGCUCUGCUGUGAGGACUCCAACAUACUCACAGAUUUGUGUCCUUUUUUUUCAUAUGUGUGUAUAUUAAAGAACCAACAUGUUUUGGAAAUUUGACCUCCACACCACAUCCCACAUUGACACACUGCUGGAGAAGGAGGAUGUGACGCUUACAGAGGUAAUGGAUGAGGAUGAUGUCCUGCAGGAGUGCAAGGCCCAGAAUCACAAACUUGUGGACUUCCUGCUGAGACCACAGUGUAUGGAGGACCUGGUUACCUUUAUCACACAGGAACCCAGUACUGAUGUUGAGGAAAAGGUUAAAUACAAGUAUCCCAACAUAUCAUGUGAGCUGCUUACAUCAGAUGUGAGCCAGAUCAAUGACAGACUAGGAGAAGAUGAAAAACUGCUGAUGAAAUUGUAUAGUUUCCUCCAAAAUGAGCCGCCCCUCAACCCCCUCCUGGCCAGCUUCUUCUCCAAAGUUCUUUCUAUUCUUAUAGGACGCAAGCCUGAACAGAUAGUUGAUUUUCUGAGGAAGCAGGAAGACUUUGUAGACUUGAUGAUAAAACACAUCGGGACCUCUGCGAUCAUGGACUUGCUGCUCAGGAUGCUCACCUGCAUCGAACCACAGCAGCUACGACAAGAUGUUCUCAAUUGGCUGAAUGAGGAGAAGGUGAUUCAGAGACUGGUGGAGAUGAUACAACCUUCUCAAGAUGAAGAUAGACACUCCAAUGCAUCACAGUCACUCUGUGAGAUCAUCAGACUGAGCAGAGACCAGAUGUUCCAGGUGCAGGGCUCUUCAGAACCUGAUCCACUUCUGGCCACACUUGAAAAGCAGGAGACAGUAGAGAAGCUGCUCUCUAAUAUCUUCGACAAGGAAAAGAACGAGUCUGCAAUUGUCAGCGUUAUCCAGAUUCUGCUCACAUUGUUUGAGACGAGGAGACCAGCGUUUGAGGGUCAUAUGGAGUGCCCCCCAGGGAUGUCUCAUCCAUCAUUCUCAGUGAACCACAGCAUCCUAGAGGCUGUGAGACCCAGACUCAAAGACUUUCACCAGCUGCUAUUGGAACCUCCAAAGAAGAAUAUGAUGAAGACAACAUGGGGGGUUCUGGACCCUCCAGUGGGCAACACCAGGCUCAAUGUAGUCAGACUGGUCGCCAGUCUGUUGCAGAGCAACACACACAGCAUCAAUACAGAACUAAUUAACCUCAACACACUCGGAGUUAUACUAGAUAUGUAUUUCAAAUACAUCUGGAACAACUUCCUCCACAUUCAGGUGGAAAUCUGCACAGCCAUGAUACUGGCUAUGCCUCCUGCCCCCAUAGACAUCCAACCAGACACAGAGUCAGAACACGUGAAGGAAAGCAUCCUCAUCAAACAUCUGUUUCAAAAGUGCCAAUUUAUACAGAGAAUCGUUGAUGCCUGGAGCUCCAAUGAGAAAGAACAGGCAGAAGGUGGGCGGCGACGAGGCUACAUGGGUCACCUGACCAGAAUAGCCAACUCUAUAGUGCAUAACUGCGACAAAGGCCCUAAUGGACCGCAAAUACAACAGCUCAUCUCUGAGCUCCCUGCAGAGGAUCGAGAAAAAUGGGAAUCUUUUAUUUCUGGACAGCUGGCUGACACAAACAAAAGAAACACUGUUGACUUGGUAAAUACACACCACAUCCAUUCUUCCAGUGAUGAUGAGGUGGACUUUAAAGACAGUGGCUUUCACCAAGACUCGUCUCUUCAACAAGCCUUUUCUGAUUAUCAGAUGCAACAAAUGACGUCCAAUUUUAUUGAGCAGUUCGGCUUCAAUGACGAAGAGUUUGCUGAUCAGGACGAUGUUGUGGAUAUUCCCUUUGAUAGAAUAUCAGACAUCAAUUUUUCACUGAAUACAAAUGAAAGUGCAAAUAUUGCUUUGUUUGAGGCACGCUGUAAGGAGAAAAUCCAGCAGUUUGAAGAUGCUGGUUCAGAUGAAGAUGAUAUCUGGGAUGAAAAAGAUGUCACCUUUGCACCAGAGGCACAGAGACGCCCCAGGAGUUCAGGCAGCACAGACAGCGAGGAGAGCACAGACUCAGAGGAGGAGGACGUGAAGAGGGAUCAGUUUGAAGCUUCCAAUCCCAGCAACGAUGACAGAAUGGAAGUUGACACAGGCCCAGUGUGGACGGCAAAUUUUGAUGAUAUCCCUAUGGACACGGGUACAUCCACAGCUUCAAACUCCAACCCCAGCAACCCAGCUGCAUCCUCUCCCUUGUCCUCCACCUCCCCUGAGGCAGCAUGGAGCUCCUCUCCUCCAGCUAACUCAAACUCAGAAACUGGCUGGGCUGAUUUCUCCAACUUCACUCCUGUCAGCCCCAAAGACCCCCUGAGAUGCAACUCUCCUGUUGCUAUGGAAACCAGCAUAGAGACAAUGGACCCUUUAGGGGUUAACGCACCCAUGCAGUCUGAAGACUGUGAUGGCUGGUUGGGCACGAGUGUGGCUUCUCCAGCUGCCUCUUCACCUAGUGAUUGUGGGAGCUCUAAGACAGAGGAGGAAGCACCUAGCUCUGAGCACCGCAGCAUCACAGAAACGGUCAUCAAUGGCUCCAUGAAAGAAACAGUCAGUCUCACUGUUGAUGCCAAGACUGAGACCGCCGUUUUCAAGAGAGUGUUGAAAUCUUAUCGUGAUGAAGAGAAGAUUGCUUCUUCAGAGAAGUACUCAGUAGUGGAGUAUGUGGAGUCAGAGAGAGCAGGCAUCAACAGCUCAGCCACAGCCUGCUGUCCUAAAACUGGUAGUGAGAAAUGUCGACCCGUUGUGGAGGUACCCAAUGGUCCCCUGGAAGAAAUGUCCCCCACAGAGGAGGCCAAGCUCGACAGAAGUUCUGUGUCCUCUGAGCCAGCUGUAAAUGGGCCAGCAUGAGAGUCACUUAAUGCCUGCCAAUGGCCAGCCUGUUCUGCCAUGCAGGGCCUUUCUCCUGGUCAGCCAGCAGAGGCUGCUGCUCACAGCUGUUCCAACCACAUGCCCCAUCAGGACCAGCAAUACUCCCAUCGUCUCAUCACUGAAAGACAAAUGGGCAGACAGGUGUACAGACACAGGAUGGACUAAGAAGUAAAAUGAGAGACACUCAAAUGGAUACGGAAUAAUUUCUUUUCUGCAUUUGUUUAUAUACUAUUGUACUUAGGAGGUGAUGUGUGACUGAUAUCCUGACUCCCAAAAUUAAAUAGUAAUGUUGCGAUGGUUAAGGAAAUGAUUGUAUGAAUAAAAUAUUUUAUAAAAGGAAAAUGUAUACAGAAGCAUAAGUUGAAUUACCACAGAGAGAGGAAUAGUUGAUUCAUGAUCCAACUAAUCACCAUGUUGUUGUUAUUGGCUGCAUAACAGGCUGACACUUGCAGUUAGAGCUAUAUUUAAAAUUUCUCCCCCACCGUUGAUCUGUCUCUGAGCAGAGGUGCUCCGACCAAUUGAAACAGUUUUAUUUUUGUUGCAGCUAAUUGCAAAUGAUUUUUCUCUUGUGAUCUUCUGCGUUGAAUAACAUUUGAUGAGCUGUUUUGGUAUGUUUCUUUCUAAUUUAUUAUGGAGUUGAGAUUGUAGUAACAAAAAGGGAAAAAAAUGACCAUAGAGAUAUACCAACAGUCUCUUUCUAACUGGCUGUUUUCAUGCUAACUAGGUUCUUGCCUCGCAGCUGGAAGGCUAAAGAGGAGAUGUUUGUCACCACAGCCUAAACUAGGAGCUAUAAAUUCAUUAA